AUGAAACGAAACAAUAGUGACCCUGAGACUAACUCGCUCGUCUGCUCCAAGCCCGGCGGCAGCUACUGCGCUUCCGGCUCCCUUGAGGGCCCGACUAUCAUCACUUGUGCAUCUCAGCACACUGGAGAUCAGUUCAUGCAACCUCUUGACCUACUCCCAGAAGGCUAUGAGGAGAAAGCUACUUGUUAUGAAACCACCUCAUCAGCUGGCGACGCUCUCUGCGCCUUCAAUGGAACCGGCUAUGCCAUCAUUAAGAAGUCCAGAGAUGUUGUUCCUGUCUCUGUGCCGGAGACUAUUCUCUGCGAUGACGAGAAUGAGGUUAACGGCCAGAUUUUGGACGAUUCCAAUGGUGCAGAGGAUACUUUCGACCAGGAUGUCGAGGAUGAAGACACCGACAAAGACUUUGACGACGACUUUAGCGAAUACUAUGACGAAUACUUUGACGACGACUAUCCUGACAACGAUGAGCAAGAAGAAUACGGCUAUCCUCUCUUCACUCCAAAGGAAGAUCCAUCCGCUGGCCCUACGCUCCCCAUUGUUCCUCCUCUUCUGCCGGCUACUCAUAUGCGAAAGGCUUCAUCUACAUCUAAACCAUCAUUCACCCUGAUCAAGCUGCUGAGCAUGACCUCUACUUCUCCAUCUGCAACCGAAACUGCAACCAAGCAGGAAGACAAAAGCGCUCUACGUAAUCGUGCGUGCUCUGAUCCGGGAAGAAUGCCCCCAUCCUCCUUCUCCAUACAGGAUAUGGGUUUCUCUACUUUGUCCUCUGAUCCUACUUCCACUAUGGAAAGUCCUACCGCUGCUGCUGCUGCUGGUGGUAGUGGUCAUGACGGGCCUCUGUCAACCUCUACCUCGACUAUCUAUGCCAGUGGAUUUACAGAAGUCGCAGCACCAGAGACCGUCACAACCAUUACCACUGAAACGGGCACUCCGACAUCAUCUACGGGUGUGGGGAACGGUGAUCCUGAGACAGAAACUACCCCGGUCAAGACAAGUGACGCUAGUCAUACUUCCGAGAGUGGUUCGGAAAUGCGUGCGCUGGAUGAUAGUAUUGUUUUUCAGGAUUUGGCUGUCAUCUGGGUUAUGUGGGUGGUUUUUGCGUACAUUUUCGUGUGA